AUGUACCUCAAUAGUACGCUCAGACGCAAAAUCCAACGGUAUUCGGAGUUACAUUACCGGAAUCCUGAGGAUGAUCAGGAUUAUGAGCAAACUUUCGAAGAUUCUGAGAUUGACGACCUCGAAUUUCUUAUGAAGGAGGCUUUCUUUUGCCACGAUGGUAAAGAAUCCAACUUCAGGAGAAUUCAGCAGGAAAAAUUCAUCAAGGAUGCUCAUUCCGCCUCCGAAUUGAAAGUUAAGUUGAAUUACUUCUCUUAUAAUGAUCACAAUCUCGCAAUGGAGAUUGACAAUCCUUAUAACAUAUCGGUUAAUGAUAUGGAAAAGGCUAUGAGAACGAUGGCCUUUGAGAAGUUGAAAGGAUUCCACACUGCGAACGCAGCCCUUCAAAAACAACUUUCUACCAAUUCUGCAGAGAUGUCGACAGAAGGAGCAAACACUCCUUUUGCCCAAAAUCAAAGAAAGGAGGUUGGCUGUCGUGUUCGCAAGACCAUGGUAGACCUGCUUCCUUCCAGAUUGCUUCGCAUCCGUGUUGGGGGAAAUCAAUCAAGACUCCCCCGAUUUCGUGAAAGCAGGGAAAGGCCUCGUAUUUAUACCUGA